CCAACACAACACAUAUUUCUCUUCUUUUCCCCUUUUUCAGAACAGACCAAGAAAAAGAAAAAGCAAAUAAAAGUGAUCAGGUUUGCUUAUGAGAUCUUUUUCUUUAGAGCAAUGGACAACAGCAAUCAUUCACACAACCAUUCCCUACCUUUAUAUUGUUUCAAUUUGUUUGCACUUCCCGCCUCAUAGACAACAAAGGAAAAAUAUGAACUUGGCUCCUCUUCAUCAUCUUCAUCACAUGAUGAUGAAGCAUUACCAUGUCUUGUUCAUGUUUUUAUUUUUCUUACCGAUUUUCACGUUAAGUCUCCACCACAAUGACACUCAUGCACUUACACUUUUCCGUCGCCAAAGUGACCUACAUGGCUACCUUCUUUCAAAUUGGACAGGCGGCGAUGCUUGUAUCGCCGCCUGGCGCGGCGUUCUUUGUUCUCCGAAUGGCCGUGUCACCGCCCUCUCCCUCCCUUCCCUCAACCUCCGUGGAGCCCUAGACCCUCUCACUCCCCUCACCCACCUCCGCCUCCUCAACCUCCACGACAACCGCUUAAACGACACCAUUUCGCUGUUAUUCUCCAAUUGCACCAACCUCCAACUCCUCUACCUCAGCAGCAACGACUUCUCCGGUGAGAUCCCGCCGGAGAUAUCCUCCCUAAAAUCCCUCCUCCGCCUUGACCUCUCCGACAACAACCUUCGCGGCAAGGUUGAUGUGAUAUCAAACUUAACACAACUCAUAACACUAAAACUCCAGAACAACCUUCUCUCUGGCGAAAUCCCCGACCUUUCAUCCUCCAUGAAGAACCUCAAAGAACUCAACAUGACAAACAACGAGUUCUACGGUCACUUACCAUCCCCCAUGCUGAAGAAAUUCAGUUCCACGACGUUCUCUGGUAACGAGGGGUUGUGCGGUGCAACACCAUUACCAGGUUGCUCUUUCACCACAACCCCUCCUAAGGAUAAUGGUAAUAAUAACAACAAUGAAAAGGAACCGUCGUCUCAGACAACGGUUCCUUCAAACCCUAGCUCCUUCCCUGAGACAAGUGUGAUAGCUCGUCCAGGGAAAGAGCAACGACACAGGGGUUUGAGUCCUGGCGCCAUCGUGGCCAUGGUGGUCGCGAAUUGCGUGGCACUGCUCGUGGUGACGUCGUUUGUGGUGGCGCAUUGCUGUGCUAGAGGGAGGGGUUCGAGCUUGGUGGGGAGUGGAGAGAGCUAUGGGAAGAGGAAGAGUGGGAGCAGCUACAAUGGGAGUGAGAAGAAGGUGUAUGGUGGUGGUGAGAGUGAUGGAACCAAUGGAACUAAUAGGAGUAGGCUUGUGUUUUUUGAUCGGAGGAGUGAGUUUGAGUUGGAGGAUUUGCUUCGAGCUUCGGCGGAGAUGCUUGGGAAGGGGAGUUUGGGGACAGUUUAUAGGGCGGUGCUUAAUGAUGGGUGCAUUGUGGCAGUGAAGAGGCUCAAGGAUGCGAACCCUUGUGCAAGGCAUGAGUUUGAGCAGUAUAUGGAUGUGAUUGGGAAGCUUAAGCAUUCUAAUGUUGUGAGACUCAAGGCUUAUUACUAUGCCAAGGAGGAAAAGCUUCUUGUCUAUGAUUAUCUCUCCAAUGGAUGCUUGCAUGCUCUUCUUCAUGGGAACCGUGGUCCGGGAAGAAUUCCAUUGGAUUGGACUACAAGAAUAAGCUUGGUGUUAGGAGCAGCAAGAGGUCUAGCCAAGAUUCAUGCAGAGUACAGUGCAGCCAAAGUGCCUCACGGGAAUGUGAAAUCCUCCAACGUUCUUCUAGACAAGAACGGUGUUGCAUGCAUCUCAGACUUCGGGUUAUCACUCCUCCUAAACCCGGUUCACGCCAUUACACGGUUGGGAGGGUAUAGAGCCCCGGAACAGGAACAGAACAAGAGGCUAUCUCAGCAGGCUGACGUAUACAGUUUUGGAGUAUUGUUGUUGGAGGUUCUCACAGGAAGAGCUCCUUCAUUGCAAUACCCUUCACCGGCUCGUCCCCGAAUGGAGGAAGAGCCGGAGCAGGCUACGGUGGACCUUCCAAAAUGGGUUCGGUCGGUGGUGAGGGAAGAGUGGACUGCAGAGGUGUUUGAUCAGGAGCUGUUGCGCUACAAGAACAUUGAGGAAGAACUUGUGUCCAUGCUGCAUGUAGGGUUGGCUUGUGUGGCAGCGCAACCGGAGAAGAGGCCUACCAUGGAGGAAGUUGUGAAGAUGAUUGAGGAGAUCAGGGUGGAGCAAUCACCUCUUGGGGAGGACUAUGACGAAUCGCGUCAUUCACUUUCGCCUUCCAUUCCCACCACUGAAGAUGGUCUAGCUUAGGAGUAAUAUAAUGUUGAAUAUUGGUGUCUGGUAUAUAUAAGAUUAAUUCAUGUCAUGUUUUGUAGUUACCUCCUGUCUCCUCUUCUAGUUUGCAUUGUCUAAAUGCACAUUACUCAUUGGCGUUGUUAAGUGGUCUUUAUAAAAUUUGAGUUUUUGUGGAAUUUCAUUGUUGAACGUAGCACAAAUCUGAAUGAUUUGACCUUGAACCUGAGCAUAGAAUAAGUACUACUGUGUAGUUGAAUUGUAUAAUGUACAUUUGGAGUUUACAUCAGUGGACUGUCUUGAUAAGAACACUGAAUCAGCAAUUAUGAAUUGGGUAACACACUUCAAUGACAUUGUCA